AUGGAGCAGAAUUUCUAUAAGCCUAUGAUUAGAUUAGGACAUUGUAAAGGUAAUAUCUCGUCUACUGUGUUGGUUGCAAUUGGAUCGUAUAAGAGUAAUGGUCAAGUAAUAACUUUCAAUCAAACUGAACCACUCAUUUGGCCAGGAGAUCAAGGUCAUAUUCCGAUUGACGGAUUCGAAACUAGAUUCAUAAAGAAGUAUAUUUGCUCUGGGCUCUUCACAGCUAUGUCAAUUGUAUCUGCAGUUGUCAUGAUAAUCGCCCUAAUGUUCUUAGCAAUUAAUUUUAUACAUCGUAAAUUAAGGGUUAUCAAAAUGUCGAGUCCAAGAAUAAAUAAUCUCAUAUUAAUUGGUUUUAUAUUAUACUUUGUGGCUGUUGUUAUGUUUGGAGUAGACUCUGGUACAGUUAAUAAAAUCUAUCUACCAGCGAUUUGUACUGCUCGUGUUAUCAAAGACCAUUCUCUUUUUGGUUUAACAUUCUUGUUAUUUGUGGUUGAUUUGAUUAUUUUGGGAGUAUGGAUAGCUAUUGAUCCGUUUACAGGUCAAUAUGAAAAGUUUACAUCCUAUCCAUCUAAGCUUGGAUCCAAUAUUAUUAUACAACCGCAAACGGUGAUUUGCAGUUGUCAGUAUAGUUCUAUUUGGCUAGCAAUUAUCUACGGAUAUAAAUUUCUGUUACUUGUAUUUGGUACAUUUUUGGCAUGGGAGACACGAAGUGUUUCGAUUGCAGAAUUAAACGAUUCUCGUCAUAUUGGAUUAGCUAUCUAUAACGCUGUUAUAUUCGCAACAAUCGGUGUAUUAGUGGGUCAAUUGACACAAACUGGUAUAGAUGGAGGAUAUAUUAUUAAUUCGUCAUUUAUACUAAUUUGUGCGACAUCUAGUAUGUGUCUUUUCUUUAUACCGAAGAUAUAUUUAUACGCAGAGUUGGCUGAAUACAUAGUAUAUCUGACCGUAGGACGUCAGAUAUUAGCUUGA